CUACCCCUGCCUUUGGCGCUGCUUUUGCCUCCGUCCCUGUCCCUCCCCCCUCGGCUGCAGCCACCUCUGCCUCCUAUCCUCCCCAUGCGCCUGCCCCUGCCUCUGCACCUGAGCCUGCCCCUGCCUCUGCUCCUGAGCCUGAGAAUGCACCUGAGCCUGCAAGCAACCCGGCACGCAAGAAGAAAAAGAAGAAAGGCAAGCCAAAGGCGGCAAGUGACGUUCAGAAGGAGAGACCUGGAAAGGAGGUUGUUCAGGAGGAGAGACAUGGAAAGGAGGUUGUUCAGGAGGAGAGACAUGGAAAGGAAGUUGGUCAGGAGGAUAGACACAUUGAACCCAACCCAAACCCAAUCCCACCUGCCUCCAAGAAGAAAUCCAAGGCCCGGAAACGCCAACAGCAGCAAAAGCAGCAAAAGCAGCAAAAGCAAGAGGAAGUGGAAGAGGAAGAACAAGUCCGAGAGCAGGAGCAGGAGCAGGUGCGAGGGCAAGAGCAAAAUAGAGCGCACAAGCAAGAGAGAGUGCUAGAGCUGGAGCGAAAUAAACAGCAAGUCCUGCCACAGACGAGACACCAGGAGCAGAGUAGACAACAAGAGCUGCCACAGACGAGACAGCAGGAGGAACGAGAGCAUGAAAGAGUGCAACAGAGAGAGCAGGAGCGACCGCAAACGAGAGAGCAAGAGCGAAAGCAGGCACAAGAAUUGGAGCUGGAAAUCGACCACGUGGAAGAAGAGGCCAGUGAAGCCCUUGAAGAGGAAGACGAAGAGGAGGAGGAAGACGAGGAUGAGGAAGACGAUGAUGGCGACGAUGAGGAAGAUGAUGAGGAAGAGGAGGAAAGCCAAUCGCCACUCGGUACCUUCCAUGGCCAUGUCUAUGACCUUGUGAAAAAAGCCCUACAGAAAAACAUGCCAGAUGAAUUGAGGGGCGCAGAAUUGGGUUCCUACGGAGCAGAUGAUACAAGGCUUCUCUACCAGACUUUGCAAAGCAGUUUCCAUUCUGCAUUUGAAGACGUCCUGUCUAGCAUGGGCUUCAGCCUCAGCCCUGGCCUACAGCAUCUGCCACUCGACAACAGAGCUACAUCAAGACACGGCAUGCUGCCACACAUCAACUGCCACGCUAGAGAGGAUUUCAUGAGUGGGACUGAAACUUUGCACGGCCAUGCCCAUAUGCACUACCAUAAACGGAACGGCCAUGGUCCAUUCAGGGACAACAAGCAGUUUGGCAAGACGCCUUGCAAAAGACACACCCACACAGAGAACAGGUCACCUCCUCAAAGGCAAGGCUCCUACUUUUGGUCGUCUACUGCUGCGACGCCCAGGCAAGGAACAGGACAGCUCAGUCCCAAGGAGAACAUGCCUCCUAAAAUGUCACGGAUGCCUCCAAACACUCCGGUCAUACAAAUGAACACAGCUCCGGAAGUUCCGCAGACGCCGGUCAAGCCCUUCCGGGAGCUCAUAGAACGCUACCAGGCUGAGACGCUGCUGGAGACAGAGAGGAUCCUGGGAGACGCUGAGGGUAGCAGGGUCAGGUACCAGCUCCGCAUGGAGGCCAACCAGACCAACCUGAAGGUCCUGCGCAAAGCACUGGAGAGGGAGGACUUAUCGGCCGAGCUUUACACCCUCGCCAAAGACCUCACCAAGCGCUGCAUGAACAUCAGCGAGAGGCGACUUGCCACCCUCGUGAGGAAAUACCUAGCCCAUCAGACCGUGCAGGAACUCAAGAGUAAUUUAAAUGCCAGGAUGCACUCUGCCCGCGAGCAUAACAACGGGGAGGCUCUGCGGGACCUCUACAUGCUCUUGGUGAGGAUGGAGUGGUACAAGAGCCUGGUGACGAAACGCUGGACAGCGAGGCAAAUGACCAUUGAGGGGGAGAGGCAAACAUGCCUAGCCCAAAUGCUCUACUUGUUCAGACAGUUUGAGCUGGACCUGGGUGUGAUCCUCAUCAAGCCAUACGUCUGUGUUGCCAAGUCCCAAGCCCAGCACUUCCCCAGUGUCAUCAUACAGAGCAAGGUCCCACUGAAUGUGGGCACCUACCGUCCCACCCCCGUCCGCAUUCCGCCUGUGUCUGCUCUGGCCAAGCAGCCACGUGUGCUUCCUCAGCCAAGCGUAAGGGAGAUUUCCAAGCCCAUGGCUCUGGCCACGUGGAGUUUUGAUGACACCAUGUACAACAUCCAAGUGGCUAGCAAGCCCCCUGCGAAGGGCAGCACUAUGACUCCAAUGCUGCCGCGCAUUAGUGAGAUGGACAUCUCUCAGAGCAGGCAGAGGGCUCUUCGCACACUUCAGUCGAGGGGUAGAGUGAUGAUGCCGAUGAUGUCAAGAGGACAGUUGUGAGGAGGAGGAGGCCGUUUUCUACAGAUCUAUUUUAAUACAGAUUUGAAUGGACUGCUGUGUAGGCCUACCUCGCCCUUUACUGCCCUCUGCUGGCAGAACCUGGAGGCCUCACCUGCAGUCAACAUAUUAUUUUGAAAUGUAUAAAUCUAUUACAUACCAAAAAAUAAAGUACUAUUCACAAUUGUUUGAAUGGAUGA